AUGGACAUCGACCCUGUCCCCGGGCCCGAGUCCUCGGGCAUCCCCGACGCGGCCGCUGCCCCUGGUGGCAUACAUGUCGACGCGCAUAUUCAGCUCCGCCAAUCUCCCGCCUAUGUAGUCCCAUUCGGCGGUGAAGCCGGGAAAACUUCGACGCCUCCUGUGGGUCAACCUGCACGUUCGGGAUAUGAGACCUAUGCAGACGAGGUUGAUCCUAAGGAUGAUAACUUGUACGCGCCCUUCGCAUCUCGCGUUGAUUGGGAGAUUGCCCAGUGGGCGAAACUGCGUGGAUUGGGGUCGACGGCUUUCUCUGAUCUGCUCGCUAUAGAAGAGGUUCGCGAACGACUGGGUCUGUCAUACAAGAACGCGGAUGAGCUCAACAAGAUUAUCGACAACAAGCUGCCGAAUCGUCGGCCAGCGUUCCAUCGUUUUGAAGCUUGUGUAGGCGACGAACAAUUCGCGAUGUUCUGUCGUGACAUCUUAGAAUGUAUUGCUGCUCUCUACGGUGAUACUGAGCAUGCGCGGUACAUAUGUGUUGCUCCCGAGCGCCACUAUGCCGACGCCGACUGUACCAUCCGCCUGUACCAUGAUCUACAUACGGGACAGUGGUGGUGGGCAACUCAGAAGCAUCUGGAGAGCGAGAUGCCAGGAGCGACAAUCAUCCCAGUCAUCUUAUCAUCAGACAAAACCCAGCUGACAUCGUUCCGCAACAAGACUGCGUACCCAGUCUACCUUACGAUUGGGAAUCUGCCGAAGGAGAUUCGAAGGAAACCAUCGCACCGAGGACAGAUUCUCCUCGCAUACCUCCCAACCAGCCGGCUCGAGCACAUCAAGAAUAAGGCAGCUCGCCGCAGGACCCUCGCGAACCUCUUCCACGCCUGCAUGUCGAUGGCGACUGAGCCUCUCCGUGUCGCUGGCGUUGACGGUGUCCCUAUGGCAAGCGGAGAUGGUAUUGUCCGGCGCUGCCACCCGAUCUUGGUGAUCUACGUUGGCGACUAUCCGGAACAGGUCCUCGUGACGGGGACCUACACUGGAGAUUGUCCAAUCUGCAAAUGCCCUCACGACGAACUUGGUACAUACCCUUGCCCAUACGACUAUCGCAAUCUCGACGAAGCGCUGGAUGCACUCGCUUUCGCGGGGACUGGUGAAUACAACCGUGCUUGUGAUGACGCCGGCAUCAAGCCAAUCCAACACCCGUUCUGGGAAGGCCUACCGUACGUCGAUAUAUACCGCGCAAUCACGCCCGAUAUUCUUCAUCAGUUACAUCAAGGCAUCAUCAAGCACCUCCUGGCGUGGCUGACGGAUAUCGUUGGCGAGCACGAGAUUGACGCGCGAGUCAAACGUCUUCCCCCGAACCACAGCAUUCAUAUCUUCCAGAAAGGCAUCUCUGGUCUGACGCGCGUGACAGGAACCGAGCACAAGCAAAUCGCUCGGUUCAUUCUUGGACUUGUCAUCGACGUACGUCUGCCGCACGGCGAGUCAACGGAGGAUUUGGUCAGCGCAACAAAGUCCCUCCUCGACUUCCUAUACAUGGCUCAGUAUUCGGUCCAUUCGAGCACGACGCUCGACGCGCUUGAACGCACACUAUCUGACUUCCAUACGAAGAAGUCUAUCUUCGUCAGCCUCGGUGCGCGUGGCAACUUCCUCAUCCCAAAGCUCCAUAUGCUUCUUCAUUAUGUUCGCGCGAUCAAGCUCUACGGUACGACCGAUAACUACAACACCGAAGCAACAGAACGCCUUCAUAUCGACUUCGCAAAAGAAGCCUAUCGCUCGACCAACCAUAAGAACGAAUUCCCCCAAAUGACAAAAUGGCUCGAGCGCCGCGAAAAGGUCUUGCAGCAUGCGCAGUACGUCAAAUGGCGCAUUCUCCACGCGGAAGCUCAAGCAGACCCUCGUCGUACGGAACCUGAGCCCGCCGCUGCCGAUGAAAAAACACGCUGGCGGCCACCCGAUAUGGCGUGUCCGUUGUAUCACCACAUGACAAAGUGGCCUACCCGCAACGCUGUACCUAUCACCGAGCUUGUGGCUCCUUCGGGGUACGGCGCGACGCACCUCAUGCCGGCUCUGGCUCGUUUUGUAGUGGAGUUGAAUGCACCGACAUUGACGAAGAACGAGGUUGAACGGCGAGCUGCCAAUCUCACAUUCCCUUUCCAGGCCCUCCCGGUGUACCACAAGAUCAAAUUCCGCAAUAUGGAGUACUACGGCAAUGAAACCCUCGAUUCAAUUCAUGCACAGCCCCUACGAGUAGGGUCACAUGGCAAUGUUCUCGCUCAUCCACGCUUCGACACAGCACUUGUUCGUGUUCAGCGCGAUACUGGUCAGCCUCGCGCUCGUUUACAGGAUACACGCAUUGGACAAGUGCGAGCGGUCUUUUCGUUGCCACAAAAAUACCUGCUACGGCUCUUCCCGACACUCACUCAAGUCCCACGGCAUCUAGUGUACAUCGAAUGGUUCUCGAAAUUCACGGCUGAACCUGACCCACGAUAUCAAAUGUACAAAGUACAGAGAUUGACGGGUAACGCGAAGAUAGCAUCUGUUGUACCACUUACUCUACUUGAGCGCAGCGUACACCUCUUUCCAAAGUGGGGCGGACCUGUUCCGAAUGCCUGGCAAAGCACGAACGUUUUGGACGAAUGUACGGCCUUCUAUCUUAAUCCGACAAAGGACUCACAUAGCUACUAUAACCUGUAUUAG